AUGGGCGCACGACAUUUAGGCGCACGACAUUUAGGCGCACGACAUUUAGGCGCACGACAUUUAGGCGCACGACAUUUGGGCGCAACGAUAGUUGAAGUUCAAAGACGCCGGUGUGGGUGAGUGUGAGUAUGGAUGAAGAUUAAAGAAACAGUUAAGUGGUUACAGUUGGAUAUGAGUAAUAUAGAAAAAGCUCUCACAACAUAAAAAGUUUGUUGAACACUAGAACACCCGGAAAUUUUCAUGACCAAAAACGCCCAAAGCGGUCAUUUUGACCAUUGCUGUUUUUUUUUAAAAUUUUAUAAUUGAACAUGGUUCUGAAUUAAAAAUUCUGCAAAAAAUAAUUUUUGCGGGACAAAUUAAAAGUAAACUCAAAAAACGGUCAAAAUGACCACUAUGGGCGUUCUAGUGUUUUUUAUCGUUUGCAGCAUACUUUAACAAAUGCACUACUUCUGUUUGCUUUUGUCGUAGAUGCGCCCAAUGUCGUUGCGCCUAAAUGUCGCUGCGCUCAAAUGUCGCUGCGCUCAAAUGUCGCUGCGCUCAAAUGUCGCUGCGCUCAAAUGUCGCUGCGCUCAAAUGUCGUUGCGCUCAAAUGUCGCUGCGCUCAAAUGUCGCUGCGCUCAAAUGUCGCUGCGCUCAAAUGUCGCUGCGCUCAAAUGUCGCUGCGCUCAAAUGUCGCUGCGCUCAAAUGUCGCUGCGCUCAAAUGUCGCUGCGCUCAAAUGUCG